AUGGACUCUGAUUCGGUCAAACAGUUGGUCAAGAAGCAGGUCCUCGCUGAGGCGAACCUGGCAAAUGCUCGAGUUCUUAUUGAGAACAUUCAGCAGAAUUGCUUCGACAAGUGCGUGCCCAAGCCCGGGAGCUCUCUCUCGAGUACCGAGCAAACCUGCAUGACCAACUGCAUGGAGAAAUACAUGGCCGCGUGGAACCAAGUUAAUGCUGCAUACAUCAAUAGAGUGCGCCAGGAGCAGAAGACCUCCAGUCAAUAG